AGCUGAAUCGGAGAGUCUUGGCCACAGCUAGUGCUCAUGGCGAACUCGGGACAACCGGGCGAUUUCUUAUAUCUCCCAUAUAUGAACCCUGGAACUGACUCUGAUCCAACGGACCCCUUGGAUGUGUCUGAAUAUCUUGCCUCCCCACUGAAUCCAACCAUGGAGACGGAAUUUAACAGCCAGCAACAUGGUCAACCAGCUGGAACGAAUCAUCAAAUUAGUUUCUCGGGGCAGCCAAGUUCAUAUCAAACCAAUAUCAAUGUUCAAACAACUCAUAUCCCAAAAAUGACUGCAGAGCAGCAGCCUAGGAGAAGGGAAAUCAACAGACAAAGCAGGAAAAAAAAGAAGGUAUAAAACUAUAUAUCUCCUUUAACUUUCUAUUGAUUUUUUCAUUGUCAUUUAAUAUUUGCAUGCUAUUUAGUAAAUACUAGAUAAGAUG